GGACUUUGUUCCCAUGGUAGCGAUGACAGAGCAGAUGGUGAGGUUGUCUGCUUGUGCACAACAGUCCGUGUCAGACGUGUUUCUGUCCAGCUGACCCGGGGGGCAGCUGCGCGUCUCUGGAGCUGCUGCUGCUCCUCUUCUGGAGAGAGGCGAGCGCGCGGACGCAGCAGCAAACGGGCUGCUUUUCAUCAGCUGCAUCGAUCCCUCCUAUUAACAAAGCUGAUCAUUUGGACUUCGGAGCAGAAACUGCGUCUCUCUCGCAUCCUCGUCCGAACUGCGGAUGCUGACAGACACAUCCAGUGAGCUGCAGCAGUCUUGCGUCAAGGAUCCAGCGCACCACACAGGCUGGAAGUGACCAGAUGUUGGUUGGACCGGCCUUUUGCAAAAUCAUUCUGGAGUUGUGCUGGAAGAAAACCCAACUGAUCCUCAUGAUCCCUCCUUCCAACUAAACGUCCUUCUCUCUUAUAGCUCACUGGAUCUGAGAGAGCAAACAUGGCACUGAACUUCCAGCUUUGGUUUCCUCAAAUCCUUUUGUGCGUUGGAGUUGUUUCCUUUCUGCCUCCAUCAAACGGCAAAGAAUGUCCUCGUUUAUGUGUUUGUGAGAUCCGUCCCUGGUUUACUCCUCAGUCAACCUACAAGGAGGCGACCACGGUGGACUGCAAUGACCUGAGGCUGACACGCAUUCCAUCCAACCUGUCGGCGGACACCCAGGUGUUACUGCUGCAGAGCAACACCAUCUCCCACACCAGCGGAGAUCUGCAGGCUCUGGUGAACUUGACCGAGCUGGACCUUUCCCAGAACAACUUCACCAAUGUGGAAGCCGUUGGCCUUCAAAACAUGAAUCAUCUGACCACCCUUCAUCUGGAGGAGAACCAGAUCAGUGAGCUGCCUGACCACUGCCUGGGAAACCUCUCCAGCUUGCAGGAGCUCUACAUCAACCACAACAAAAUAAGCUACAUCUCUCCACGCGCUUUUGCCGGCCUGCGCAACCUCCUGCGACUGCACCUUAAUUCAAAUAAGCUUCACACAAUGGACAGCCGUUGGUUUGAAGAAACACCUAACCUUGAGAUCCUCAUGAUCGGGGAAAACCCAGUUAUUGGUCUACUGGACAUGAACUUCCAGCCUCUAGGAAGCCUGAGAAGUUUGGUUCUGGCAGGUAUGGAUCUCACCGAUGUUCCUGCCAGUGCCUUUGUGGGCUUAGACAACCUGGAGAGUAUUUCUUUCUAUGACAACAAACUGGUCAGAAUCCCUCAACUUGCUCUUCAAAAUGUUCCCAACCUCAAAUUUUUGGAUUUAAACAAAAAUCCUGUUCGUAAAAUCCAGGAGGGAGACUUUAGAAACAUGUUACAUCUGAAGGAACUGGGCAUCAACAACAUGAUGGAGUUAGUGUCGAUUGAUCACUAUGCGUUGGACAACUUACCAGAACUCACAAAACUGGAGGCUACCAACAACCCCAAACUGUCGUACAUACACAGGUUGGCUUUUAGGGACCUGCCCUCUCUCGAGAGCCUGAUGCUCAACAAUAACGCUCUCACAGCUGUUUACCAGAAAACUGUGGAGAAUUUACCCAACCUGCGGGAGAUCAGCAUUCACAGCAACCCGCUGCGCUGUGAUUGUGUCAUUCAGUGGAUGACUUCCAACCGGACCACGGUGCGCUUCAUGGAGCCCUUGGCCAUGCUGUGCACCUCUCCACCAGAGCUUAAAGGAAAGCGAGUUCUGGAGCUGAAGCUGCUGGAGUCCCCAGAGCAGUGUCUCCCCCUCAUCUCCCACGACAGUUUCCCCAGCCACUUGGACCUCGAGCUGGGCAUGAGUGUUAAUCUGGACUGUCGAGCAAUGGCUGAGCCAGAACCAGACAUCUACUGGGUGACUCCUCUGGGUUCUAAGGUUACAACAGACACGGUGUCAGAGCGGUAUCACCUCAGCAGCGAGGGGACUCUGCGGCUGUCUCAUGUUCAGGUGGAAGAUUCUGGUCGGUACACCUGCGUUGCACAAAACUCAGAAGGCGCCGACACGUGGGUUGCCACAGUUCGUGUGAAUGGGACCCUGCUUGACAGCGCCCAAGUGAUGAAAAUCUAUGUCAAGCAGACAGAGUCUCACUCCAUUCUGGUCUCUUGGAAAGUCAACUCCAAUGUCAUGUCGUCCAACCUCAAAUGGGCUUCAGCCACCAUGAAAAUCGACAACCCGCACAUCACUUACACAGCUCGCGUUCCUGUGGAUGUUCACGAGUACAACCUCACGCACCUGCAGCCAGCCACCGAGUACGAGGUUUGCCUCACCGUUUCCAACAUACACCUGCAGACACACAAGUCCUGCGUCAAUGUGACAACACGGAGCGCCACCUUCGCCCUGGACCUGUCUGGUCAGCACCCCAGCGCGGCCGUGCUGGUUGUCAUGGCAACCAUGCUGGCCUUCCUCUGCCUGGCCACCGUGGGCAUGUACACGGCCCGCAAAUGGAAAAGGAAAAACUACCACCACUCCCUGAAGAAAUACAUGCUGAAGACCUCCUCGAUCCCGCUUAAUGAGCUGUACCCUCCACUCAUUAACCUGUGGGAGGCUGAUGGGGAGAAGGAUAAAGAUGGGGGGACAGAGGUAAAGCCUUGUCCUGUUGAUACCACACGUAGUUAUUACAUGUGGUGAGAACCGACUAAAGAGGCUGGACUGCCUCUCCAGUAGCACAAAAAGACACUUUUGCCAUUUUGGUGCAAAAGUCAACAAGGGUUGCAGGUGGUUUUUGUAUUCUCAGCUUUGCUAAUAAGAGGCAGAGUGAUCAAGCGCAAGAAGUUUAUUAGUAUAGCGUAUCGCCUUUGUUUAAUCUGUACUUCUUCUUAACUGUACUGGACUCACAGACGGCAGCUGUAUUUAGCCUCCAGGUCGACUUAGUUGUUCUGCUCUAUUUCUGUGGUGCAUUUCUGACUUUCUUUAGAAUGAAUAACAAUGCAGGGUGGAGGAUCUUGUUGCAUUAGUAAAACUCACUGUUUCAUUUUUAUUCUAUUUUGUAAAGGAGCUAUUUUGUUGUGCACUGGUAGAGAAAGAAGUUUGUACAGACUUCAGUCAAAAGCUGACAGCAGGGUUUAGACUCAUUUAACCGUCUACUGAAUGUUAGCAAUCGUGCCGUAACGUUGUAUCAACUAUAACUUUGAACUUUUUGAUUUAAAAAUGGCAAAGCAGUAGAUUUUUAGUUUGCUUUUAAAUGUAAAGUUAAAUGCCAUAAAUGCGAACUUUCCUUACACUUUUUUUUUUCUUUUUAGUGCACUAAAACCUUUGAGUCCUUUUUGGAUGAUUUGUUUCUUGGACUAGAUGUUUUUUUUGCUCUUUGCUUAGUUUGUUAUUUUUACAUACAAUAUGUAUACUAAAUAACCUAACUAAUAAAUUUGGGUUCUUUUGCAGACA